CAAUUGAACCGAGAGCGUCGCCGCUUGACUCAAAUCUGGUACCGACAGAAGCUCAAGGACCACGCCGACACUCUCGAGCAGCAAGUACAAGUGUUGCGAGACCAAGUGCAGAAGCUCGAGUUCCAGCACCAGACCAUCUCUCCACGUAUCAUCGCUGAGAUUACCCCCUGGAGCGUGGUGGCCGAGUACUUCCGACUCAGGGCUCCCCCAAUUCAGUAUUAUAUUGAAUUGCGCUGCAACUCUCCUAACUACCCAACGUUGCACGAGUCGCACGCUCGCCGUGAGUUUCUGCAGCGAGCCAUGGCUCCAGAUGUGAUCGUGGAGAAUGGACGAGGCGUUGAAGCGGCGCUGGAGUACUGGAGGUUUGUCUCCCUCUCGCAACCGACCUUCGAGAUCCGUGCUGCCAACGUGGAACAAGGUCCCGAAGGCUUCAUUGUCGCCAAGACGAAGACCAAAGUCGUUUUGUGUGAGGAGAUGCUGCGCCACGCGUUCCCGAAGCUGGGAGAAUCUGAGCGAGGGAGGAGUCUAGCUGUGAAGCUACUGACCAGCGAUUCGAGGCGAGUGGAUGCUUCAGUCUGGAAGCAGACUCGGGUUCUGAGCUUGAGCAGCGAGUCGGACUGGAUGACGCCCAUGUUACGCUUGCUUGGCAAUGCGGAGGACUUGGCGUUUGUGUUUGACGGGGCUUAUCUUACGCUAGACGGUCGACUGAAUAUUGAUUAA